CUAAAGCUGCUUCAGAUUCUACUUCUUAUAGAAUCAUGAACCUCAUGAAGUUAAACUGAAGUGAUGGAACUAAAUGAACACUGUCCUUAAAGAAAGAAAGUCUUUAUAGAAUGGUGGGAUGAGUGUCACUGAGAAUGGUCUUGUCUUGUCAUUAUCUCCUGCACUCUGAACAGGACUCCAUGCCCAGGAACCGCAGAUGCCCAACAGCAGCUCCAUCAGCGAGUUCCUCCUCCUGGCGUUGGCAGACACGCGGCAGCUGCAGCUCCUGCACUUCUGGCUCUUGCUGGGCAUCUACCUGGCUGCCCUCCUGGGCAACGGCCUCAUCAGCACAGCCGUAGCCUGCGACCACCGCCUGCACACCCCCAUGUACUUCUUCCUCCUCAACCUCGCCCUCCUCGACCUGGGCUGCAUCUCCACCACUCUCCCUAAAGCCAUGGCCAAUGCCCUCUGGGACACCAGGCACAUCUCCUACGCAGGAUGUGCUGCACAGGUC